AUGCUGGUAUCGGGGGCGAUCUUCCCCAUUGCGGCCUUCCUGGCGCCGGGAGUAUCAGGCAUUGGAGUAGAUCCGGUUGAUGACUUCUGCACAAGAUGGAACCAUCAAUCCGUGGUGAAGGACGGAAAGCUGUAUAUAGACGGAGGGCUGGAGACCUUUGCGCAGCGGAACACCGAAGGCCAGAUUGAAGGGGCCCAAAUUCUCGGAUACAACACGGAGUUGAUCGAAGUCGACUUGCAGUCGCCAUGGGACUCCAAGCACAACAUCUCCAUCACCGCCGUCCCCAAACUCGCGAACCCACAUGCCGACACCGACCCCCCAUUAGUGGUCCGCGGCGCCAUGUUCUCCGGACUCCCCACGGACUCAAAGAUCUACCUCUAUGGCGGGACAACAUCCUACGCGAACACAAGCUUCCCGGGCUUCCAGGAGCCGCCGUCCUCGCAAUACCCUCUAUGGUCCUACGACAUCCCCGCCGACACAUGGAGCCGGUACGACGUGACUGAGGACGCGCCGUACCGCCCCGCCGGAGGAAGCUACGCCGAGGCCCCGGAUCUGGGGCUUGCGUUCUAUCUGAACGGCUUUAUCGAUAACGGGACAUCCGACGACCUGGAGCAUAUGUCGAACUUCCGGCGAUACCUCGACGGGCUCGUCGUGAUCAACACGGACUCCCUCGUUGUAACGAACGUGUCGACGACCUGGCUGCGGCGGGCGCCGCGGGCAAAGGGCGGCAUGGUGUAUGUUCCGGGCGUGGGCCCGCAGGGCAUGCUGGUCGACAUGGGGGGAGUCACGAAGCCGACGAGCGACAGCAGCGCGUCGAAAGACGGGACCUACGUGACCUUUGACGAGAUCGAUUUCCUCGACGUCUCCUCCAUCGCCGACGACAGCAGGAACGCGACGUGGUUCGUGCAGCGAGCCGCGGGCGAGAUUCCCCCGCCACGGACGGAUUUCUGCCUCGUCACCGCGUCCGCGAAGGACAAUUCCAGCCACAACAUCUACCUCUACGGCGGGAAGGGAGCCCGCGAGGCCUACGACGACGUGUACGUCCUGUCCAUCCCGUCCUUCACGUGGAAGCGAGUCUACCGCGGCGACUCGCCCCGCUACGGCCAUACCUGCCACCUGACCGGGCACCGGCAGAUGCUGACGGUGGGGGGCAUGGCCUCGGACGAGCCCACGUCGAGCUGUGACCGGGAACGCGCGGGCGUUGCGGUCUUCGACAUGACCGACCUGGAAUGGCGCAGCGUCUACAGCCCCUCGGCGCCGGCGUACCAAGUGCCCGGGCCGAUCGUCCAGACCAUCGGCGGCAAUGCGGACGGCAACGCGCGCAUAAUAGCACCUCCACAUGGCUUCAGCACACGGCAGAUAGCGCACUUCUUCCGCGAGCCCGCAGGCGACGACGUCGACGACGACAUUCUGGAGGACGGGGCUCUCGACCCGAGAGACAUCUCGGGGAUUGUGAUCGGCUCGGUGGGCGCAGUUGGGCUGAUCGUCGGCGGUGUGUUUUUCUGGCUCCGACACAAGAAGAGACGCGAGUCCAGCGACGCGGACGCCGAGAGUGCGCCGUGGACGGAAGAAAAGGACAUCGCCUGCGUGGAGAGUAAGGACUUUGCCUGUGUGGGCAGCAAGGACUUUGCGUACGUGGGCGCGGUGUCUCACAAGGACGACGAACCUGAGCCACAGAGGGUGCAUGUACACGAACCUCGAGCGCUGCAGGAAAUCGACGCCAACCACGUGCGGGUAUCGACAGACAAGUAG